UUCUCCUUUGGCCUCUUCUCUUGUUCCUCAGAUGCCUGCCUAUAUCUAGGACUAUCAUAUUCAUAUAUACUGUAUAUUUCUCUCUCUCAACAAAUUGAUAUUGAUAUGGAUAUGGAUAUGGAUAUGGAUAUGGAUACUAAGAAGAAGUGUACAAGGUUCUUCAUCAACGACAACAUGGACGUCUUAAUUGAGAUCUUAAAGCGCCUGGACGAGAAAUCAAUCGGCGUGGCCGCCUGCGUCUGCCGCCUCUGGUGCGCCCUAACCAGAAACGACGCCCUGUGGGAGCACCUAUGCUUCCGCCAGCUGUCUCCGCCUCGGGAGGGUGUGAGGACGGUGGUCGCGGCGCUCGGGGGCUACCGCCGCCUCUACACACUCUGCGUCAAGCCUGUGCUCACUCGCCUCGGCAAGAGGAAGGACAUGUGGACCACCCAUGAGGUCGACCUCUCCCUCUCGCUUUUCUGCGUUGAUUAUUAUGAGAGGCUCUUUCUCGCCGGCGCCGCCACCCCGCCUUCGUCCCUCAUCUUUCUAUGCAAAGCUGGAUGACCCACCUUAUAUUAUUUGUUUCGAUAUUCUAUUUAUUUAUCAAAUUCAAUAUAAAUAAUCACAUUCAAUUCUU